AUAAAAUCUCGUUGAACAGAACGCAAUAGCCAUGGUGCAGAAGCUUAAGUACGACGCGAAAUACGCCAAAGCCAUGAAGUAUAUCUUCGGCAAGACUCUCAUCUGCAGGAACCUCGAGUGCGCCACCGAGCUCGGGAAACAAUUCCAUCUGGACUGCGUCACUUUGGAGGGAGACCAGGUAUCCUCAAAAGGUUCCCUCACCGGCGGUUACUUCAACCAGUCCCGCUCUCGUCUAGAGAUGCAAAAGACUCGCUCCGAACUCAUGGAGCAAAUCAGCACCCUUGAAUUAGAACUGUCCAGCUUGAGGCAAGACCUGAGCAAGACCGAAACCAGUAUCAACACCAUCGUGUCUGAAAUGCAAAGGACGGAGACUAAGCAGAGCAAAGCCAAGGACAUAUUCGACAAAGUAAAGGCGGAUAUUCGUCUGAUGAAAGAAGAGUUGGGCUCCAUUGAACGCUUCCGUGGGCCUAAAGAGCGCUCACUGGCGCAGUGCCGCUCCAGUCUUGAAGCCAUGCAGGCCACCAAGGAAGGACUCGAGUCUGAGUUGCACCAGGAGCUCAUGGAACAACUGUCUACUUCGGACCAAGGCAAAGUGGAUGAGUUGAACGACGCCAUCCGCCGUCUCACUCAGGAGAACAAGGAAGCGUUCAGUUCUAGGAUGAACUUGGAAGCCACCAAGAACAAACUGGAGAAUCUUCUCACUAACAACUUGAUUCGCCGUAAAGACGAGUUAGUUCAAGCGUUACAAGAGAUCUCAGUCGAAGACCGCAAGCGGCGACUAGCCAACAGCAAGACUGACCUCGCCGCCGCUGAACGCCGCAUUAAACAGAUCAACCGCGAGUUGGAAGAAGUAGAACGGAAGGUGCAGACCGCCGUCAAGAACGAAAAGGCACUCAAAUUGGAACUCGACAAGUGGAGAAACAAGGAAAAAGAAGCUCAAGAUAAAAUGGAAGAGGACGCCAAAGGAUUGGAAAAGAUGGCGUCCAAAGAAGUGUUGCUACAGGAGAAAAUACAAGAAUCUCUGGACAAAAUCGCAGCGCUGGGAACGUUGCCCAACGCGCCUGAACUCCAUGCUAAAUACCAGAAAAUGUCUUUAAAACAGCUUUUCAAAGAGUUAGAAAAAGCCAAUCAGCACCUCAAAAAGUACAACCACGUGAACAAGAAAGCUUUAGAUCAGUUCAUUAGUUUCUCAGAACAGAAGGAAAAACUGUACAAACGGAAGGAGGAACUUGAUAUUGGCGGCGAGAAGAUCCGCGAGCUCAUCGAAACCCUAGAGCACCGUAAGCUAGAAGCCAUCCAGUUUACCUUCAAGCAGGUGACCAAGAACUUCACGGAGGUAUUCAAGAAGCUCGUCCCGCACGGCCGCGGCAGCCUCAUCAUGCGGGUAGGCGCCGACGACGCGCCCGACGUCAACCCCGAGCGAGCGAAUGCGGACCAAUUCGCAGGAGUAGGCAUCAAAGUGUCGUUCACUGGCGGCGAGGGUGACAUGCGAGAGAUGAACCAGCUGUCGGGCGGACAGAAGUCGCUGGUCGCGCUGGCUCUCAUCUUCGCCAUCCAGAAGUGCGACCCCGCGCCCUUCUACUUGUUCGACGAGAUCGACCAGGCGCUGGACGCGCAGCACCGCAAGGCGAUAGCAAACAUGAUCCACGAGCUGUCGUCGUCGGCGCAGUUCAUCACCACCACCUUCCGGCCCGAGCUGCUCGAGCACGCGCACAAGUUCUACGGCGUCAAGUUCCGCAACAAGGUAUCUCACGUCGAAUGCGUCACACAGGACGAGGCCAGAGACUUCGUGGAAGACAGCGCGCAACACGCAUAAGUUUUACCUUCAAACACAACUCGGCAGUGGCACUACUAAAAUGCUUGUCUAUUAAUUAGACUGCGUUAUGAGUGAGGCGGAAUUUUCAUACAAAUGACGUAUAAUAUGAGAGUGGCGCGUCGGAAAACAUGAAAGCUCACAAUGCCGCGAUAAAGCUGGAUCUUUAAGUUUAUUUUGCACUAAUAAUUCAAAUAUAAUUAUUUUUUAAUAAAAUUCUUAUACAAUGUGCAUCCGUGGCCUAGUUAUUAGUUGGGACUUACCGAGGUUUAGUAAUAUGGCGAAGAGGAAAUUCAAAUGCAUAAUUUUGUUAACUACAGAUUCAUUUCGCAAAUACAUAUCCAGAACCAUCUUUAGGCUAAUUACGAUGACUGAAAUUCACUCAAUUUCCAAUUUGACAUGUUCAUUGUUAUAGAGUAAGACAUUUUUAAUAAAAACAUUUCUUUUUAUUUAACGUUUUCAUCA